CCCAUCAUGCAUUGCACUGCCAACGUAUGCAAACAGGAACAUGGCUACCGGUGUUUAGCACCAGUUUUCAGGUUUUCUGUGAUAUUUUUUGUGACGCGGUGUCCGUUGCCCUGUGUGGUUGAAGAAAAGCCUUCACGGCAUUUAUUCUCGCAGCGCCCGUAGACCCUCUAAAAAGCUUCGGUGUUCACGGAGGACCUAGCCCGGUAACAGUCUGGUUAAAAAAAUGGCAAGUCCCAGGACACGAAGAGUGCUGAAGGAAGUGAGAACACAGGAUGAAAAUAAUCUUUGUUUUGAGUGUGGGGCUUUCAACCCUCAGUGGGUCAGUGUAACCUAUGGGAUCUGGAUUUGUCUUGAGUGCUCUGGCAAGCACAGGGGCCUGGGAGUACAUCUCAGUUUUGUGCGCUCUGUCUCCAUGGACAAAUGGAAAGAUGUUGAGCUUGAGAAGAUGAAAGCAGGAGGAAAUGGAAAAUUCCGUCUGUUUCUAGAACUUCAAGAGGAUUAUGAUCCCAGUUGGACCCUACAGGAGAAAUACAACAGCAAAGCUGCUGCACUUUUUAGGGACAAGGUUGCCACUUUAGCAGAGGGAAAAGAAUGGUCACUGGAGACAUCUCCUGCUAGAAAUUGGACAUCACCUCAACCUAAGGCCAGCCUUUCAUCUUCUCAUCGUAGCUCUGGGGGACCUGGACAGAACACUGCAAAAUCGAGCGACAAGGCCUUCGAAGACUGGUUGAGUGAUGAUGUGAACUCUUAUCAGAGUGGAAGUGGCUAUAGUGGGAAUCAAGACAAUCGGUAUGUUGGCUUUGGUAACACUGUGACCCCAGAGAAGAAAGAGGAUGACUUCCUGAACAAUGCUAUGUCUUCUAUUUAUUCAGGCUGGAGCAGUUUCACUGUUGGAGCUAGCAAGUUUGCAUCUAUUGCUAAAGAUAAUACAGCUAAACUGGCAAAUCAAGCAACCCUAAAGGCCACAGAGUUAGGACAGACAUUAAAUGAGAAUGUUAUCAAACCUACCCAAGAAAAGGUAACAUUGAUGUUUGAAGUUGUUGGUUUGGUGGUGGGAUACAGUGCUUUAGGGGGUCAAUCAGCUUCAGAUGUGAAUGUGCUAUUUUCUUCACCGCUGCUUGUACCAGAUUAUCUACUUUAUGCUAGCCCACACUGAACGACAAAAGCUGUGGGU